UGGCAGUGGCAGUGGCAGUGGCAAUGGCAGUUCAAGUUGGAAAGCAAGCAUGAUCUCUCCACCUCCUCCAUGUCCACGCCACGCGGGAGGAAGACGAAGCAGCAGCAACCCUACACGCCUCUCUCUCUCUCUCUCUCUCUCUCUCUCUCUCUCUCUCUCUCUCUCUCUCUCUCUCUCUCUCUCUCUGUUUCUAUAUAUAGCUCUCGUCGUCUUCCACCUCUCACUCACUCGACUCGAGCCAAGCGCAGCAGGCACAGCGCCAUCGAUCACCACCAGCUAGGUGUUCGACGAGUUCUUGGCUGAGCGAGAGCGAGAAGGAUGGGGGGGAAGGCGGCGGCGCUGGAGGUGUCGGCGGCGGAGGCGGGGAGAGGAGCUGGGGAGGAGGGGGAGUGGAGGGACGACGACGGGCGGCCGCGGCGGACGGGGACGGUGUGGACGGCGAGCGCGCACAUCAUCACGGCGGUGAUCGGCUCCGGCGUGCUGUCGCUGGCGUGGGCGAUCGCGCAGCUCGGAUGGGUGGCCGGGCCGGCCGUCAUGCUGCUCUUCGCCUUCGUCAUCUACUACACCUCCACGCUGCUCGCCGAGUGCUACCGCUCCGGCGACCCCUGCUCCGGCAAGCGCAACUACACCUACAUGGACGCCGUCCGCGCCAACCUUGGCGGCGCCAAGGUCCGCCUUUGCGGCGUCAUCCAGUACGCCAACCUCUUCGGCGUCGCCAUCGGCUACACCAUCGCCGCAUCCAUCAGCAUGCUGGCGAUCAAGAGGGCGGAUUGCUUCCACGAGAAGGGGCACAAGAACGCGUGCAGGAGCUCGAGCAACCCGUACAUGAUCCUGUUCGGCGCCGUGGAGAUCGUCUUCUCGCAGAUCCCGGACUUCGACCAGAUAUGGUGGCUGUCCAUCGUCGCCGCCAUCAUGUCCUUCACCUACUCCACCAUCGGCCUCUCGCUCGGCAUCGCGCAGACGGUGGCCAACGGCGGGUUCAGCGGCAGCCUCACCGGCAUCAGCGUCGGCGCCGGCGUCACCUCCAUGCAGAAGGUCUGGCGCAGCCUCCAGGCCUUCGGCGACAUCGCCUUCGCGUACUCCUACGCCAUCAUCCUCAUCGAGAUCCAGGACACGAUCAAGGCGCCGCCGCCGUCGGAGGCGAAGGUGAUGAAGAGGGCGACGAUGGUGAGCGUGGCGACGACGACGGUGUUCUACAUGCUGUGCGGCUGCAUGGGGUACGCGGCGUUCGGGGACAGGUCGCCGGACAACCUGCUUACCGGGUUCGGCUUCUACGAACCGUUCUGGCUGCUCGACGUCGCCAACGCCGCCAUCGUCGUGCACCUCGUCGGCGCCUACCAGGUGUUCUGCCAGCCCAUCUUCGCGUUCGUCGAGCGGUGGGCGGCGGCAACGUGGCCGGACAGCGGGUUCAUCUCCCGGGAGGUCCGCGUGGGGCCCCUCGCGCUCAGCGUGUUCCGGCUCACCUGGCGCACGGCGUUCGUCUGCGCCACCACCGUCGUCUCCAUGCUCCUCCCCUUCUUCGGCGACGUGGUGGGGCUCCUCGGCGCCGUCUCCUUCUGGCCGCUCACCGUCUACUUCCCCGUCGAGAUGUACAUCGCGCAGCGCGGCGUCCGCCGGGGCAGCGCGCGGUGGCUCUGCCUCAAGACCCUCAGCGCCGCCUGCCUCGUCGUCUCCGUCGCCGCCGCCGCCGGCUCCAUCGCCGACGUGGUCGACGCGCUCAGGGUGUACCGGCCGUUCAGCGGCUAGCGGGCCCGGGGGCAGCAGUGCACCACUGCCGCUGCCAAGUGGGGCCCACUAGGUAUGAGAUAUAUAUUAAAAAAAGGGAAAAUGUAUUUAUUAGUGAGCUUGUAUGUAUGGCGUUUUGUCAUGUAACACCUCGUAGAUUCUUGUAUUAGUGCGAGUUUGACAUAACAAGGCAAAAUGGUCAGUAAAAGCACCAUUUACACACAUGUC